UUUUAGGUUAUGAUUGUUAUUUAGCUUAGCCUACUUUCGAAUUUAUGGAUUAUUUAAUUUUGAUUAGUCUCUCCAAUUAUUUUAUUUUUUUGCAGCUGGCUGUACGUAAUUGUUGUAACAACUUAUUUUCAGAGGGAAUUGCUAGAUUGAAGGAAAAGGCGCGAAAACGUAAAGGUCGUGGUUUUGGUAAUGAAUCUGGAGGUGGAGGUGCUUCAGAAAGAGGCAGCAGAGGAAGAUAUGAUAGUCUGGCUCCUGAAGGUGAUGGCAGUACACCAGGUCCCCAAAGAUCAGUCGAAGGAUGGAUUCUUUUUGUCAGCAAUGUACAUGAAGAGGCACAGGAAGAGGAUAUACAGAAUCAAUUCUCUGAAUUUGGAGAGAUCAAGAAUAUCCAUUUAAAUUUGGAUAGGCGUACUGGUUUCUUGAAAGGAUAUGCCCUGGUUGAGUAUGAAACGUACAAGCAGGCUGCGAGUGCCCGUGAAGCUUUAAAUGGUGCUGACAUAUUGGGACAAGCAAUAUCAGUAGAUUGGUGUUUCGUUAAAGGUCCAACAAAAGGGCACAAGAAGAGACGAUAAGAGUCAUUUUAAUAUCUAAAUAGUGUUGCGAUUAGCACUUUUAUAAUAUAUUUUAGUUUGGGGAUUUCACCAACUUUUCUUAAUACUUAUUUUUAUUUAUUAGUGGGUGAGUUUGGCUGUACAGCAAAUGGAAGG